AUGGAUAAUUUGCAAACUGGGGAUCCGCGGUAUCUUAAAAGGAAAGUGAAGGGAUGUACUCUCGAUGUCCACCCAACAGAAAAAGCCAUUGUGGUCCAGUAUGAAGUGGAAGCAAUGAUACUUGGAGAGCAGGGGGAUGCCAUGAUCGGAGGUCACAAAGAGUGCCAGAAAAUCAUUCGUCUGAAGAGCUUGAAUUCCAACACGGACACAUCAUCGCUGGCUCGCAAAGUUGUGGAAGAAUGUCAUCUGAUUCAUCCCUCAAAACUUAAUGAGGUUGAACAACUGCUAUUCUACCUCCAAAACCGCAGACAGCCAAAUGAUGACCAAGAAAAAAACCACACCUCACCUCGAGAUUUUGCUCCUUAUGCUGGUGUAGAGCUCAAUGAAGAGGCAUGCAUUAACAACAUUGAUGAGUAUUUGGAGCUGCUGUAUGAAGACAUUCAGGAGAAGAUCAGGGGAGCCACACUGAUCUUUCAACUGGCCCGUAACCCAGACAACUUGGAGGAACUCAAACAAAAUGAAAUGGCUCUAGCUGCAUUGGCUAGAGUUCUGAGGGAAGACUGGAAGCUGAGCGUGGACCUUGCAACAACCAUAAUUUGCAUCUUUUUUUGCUUCUCAAGUUUUUCACAGUUUCAUGGACUAGUUACACAUUUCAAGAUCGGAGCCCUCUGUAUGAACAUCAUUGAACAUGAGCUCAAGAGGUAUGACCUUUGGCAGGAUGAGCUCCAAAGGAAGAGGAAGGCCUAUGAAGAAUUCUCAGAGAACCAAAAUCUGAAGAAGGAGCAUGAGAAGUCCCUUAAAAAGUAUCAAAGCCUUCUGACGAAACAGGAGCAGCUUCUCAGAGUUUCUCUGUGUCUGUUGUUAAACCUGGCUGAAGACACUCACACGGAACUAAAGAUGAGGAACAAAAACAUAGUCAACAUGCUUGUGAAGAUUCUGGACAGAAAGGAUGAGGAGCUACUUUUGGUGGUUGUGUCUUUCCUCAAGAAACUUUCCAUCUUCUUGGAGAACAAAAAUGACAUGGCUGAAGUAUUGGCAGUGGAGAAGCUGGCCCUGCUGGUGCCAUGUGAGCAUGAAGACCUACUAAGCACUACAUUACGCCUAUUGCUCAACCUUUCAUUUGAUACUGCUCUGCGCAGCCAAAUGGUCCAGGCUGGACUUAUUGCUAAACUGUCUUCACUCCUUGCGGAUGAUGGCCAGAGACAGCUCAGCAUGUGCAUUCUAUACCACAUCAGCAUGGAGGACAGAUUCAAGCCCAUGUUUGCUAAUACAAACUGUAUCCCUCAGCUAAUGAAGAUGAUUUAUGACUUUGGUGACCUCAAGAUGGAUUUUGAACUCAUUUCGUUGUGCAUCAACUUGGCUGCCAAUAAGACGAAUGCCCAAGUCAUGUGUGAAGGUAAUGGUUUAAAGAUGCUGAUGAAACGGUCAGUGAAACUGAAAGAUGUUCUGGUGAUGAAGAUGAUCAGGAAUAUUUCCCAGCACAAUGGUCCUACCAAAAGCCUUUUCUUGGAUCAUGUUGGAGACUUGGCGGCUCAGAUCAGCCUGGAAAAAGCUGAAGAAUACAUGAUUGAGUGUCUCGGAACACUUGCAAAUCUGACCAUUCCUGACUUGGACUGGGCAUUGGUUCUUAAAGAGUACAACUUGGUGCCCUACUUGAAAGACCGACUCAAACCAGGGGCUGCUGAGGAUGAUUUGAUUCUGGAGGUGGUCAUCUUAAUUGGCACUGUGUCCAUGGAUGACUCUUGUGCAGCCAUGCUCGCCAAGUCCGGCAUCAUUCCUGCUCUCAUAGAACUCCUCAAUGCCAAACAGGAGGAUGAUGAGUUUGUCUGUCAAAUUGUCUACGUUUUUUAUCAAAUGGUCUUCCACAAAGCUACAAGAGACGUCAUCAUCAAAGACACACAGGCUCCAACUUACCUCAUCGACCUGAUGCAUGAUAGCAAUGCAGAGAUCCGUAAAGUUUGUGACAACACAUUGGAUAUCAUCACUGAGUACGAUGAAGAGUGGGGGAAGAGAAUACAGAAUGAAAAGUUCCGUUGGUACAAUUGCCAGUGGCUUGAAAUGGUGGAGAACCGCCAAAUGGAUGAGACAGGAGAGUCCUUACUCUAUGGGGAGGAUGGUGACUCCUUCAUUGAAAACAGAGACAUUCUAGAAAGACCUGAUCUUUUAUAUAGUGCAGAUGGGAUCAUCUCAACGGAUGGUGCGAUCAGUCCAGAGUUCUUCGCUAAUUUUAAGAAUGGAGAGUUGGGCCAAUCAUAUCUGGGAAGCGUGCCAGACGAGUUUGCCACCUCAGCUCACGGGCCGACUGAUCGUCCAGUCAGCGCUUACGGCUUUCGACCAGAUGAACAGCUUUUUAACUACACUGGCUCCUCCCACUUGACAUGGAAUCUUGUCAACACAAAUACGGAUCCAGCGAUUUAG